UAAAAAAAAUUCGCGGAGGAAAAAGACAUAAACGAAAAGAGAGCGAAGACUUUCGUCGCAGAGACUUUGUGGAUUUAUCGUUGAGUACCUCAAAAAAAUUGAAACCAAAUUAGGGUUUUUAUUUCCAGAUUGUUUUGUUUAUUUGAAUAAAUCUGCGCAAGUUUGAAUUAGGUUGCAAAAAUCGAAGAAAAUAUCUUCGAUUCAAAAAAAUGGGAAAAUUUUGUUGCUUCACUUCCGCUUCUGAGGUUGUGGGAGGACAAUCAUCAUCUCGAUCAGGUAAAGGAAGAAGUGAUGAAGGGAUGAUCAAGUAUGGCUUUAGUCUAGUGAAAGGGAAAGCUAACCAUCCCAUGGAAGAUUAUCAUGUUGCUAACUUCAUCAACAUCCAAGACCAUGAAUUGGGGCUUUUUGCUAUUUAUGAUGGUCAUAUGGGUGAUAGUGUCCCUGCUUACUUGCAGAAACGCCUCUUCUCCAAUAUCCUUAAGGAGGGAGAGUUCUGGGUUGAUCCUCGAAGGUCUAUUGCAAAAGCUUAUGAGAAGACGGACCAGGCGAUUUUAUCAAAUAGUUCUGACUUGGGUCGUGGUGGGUCUACAGCUGUGACUGCUAUAUUGAUUAAUGGGAGAAAGUUGUGGAUAGCCAAUGUUGGGGAUUCACGAGCAGUUCUUUCUCACGGUGGCACAAUAACGCAGAUGAGUACAGAUCAUGAGCCUCGUACUGAAAGGUCGAGCAUUGAAGAUAGAGGUGGAUUUGUAUCCAAUCUACCAGGUGAUGUUCCUCGGGUGAAUGGUCAAUUAGCUGUGUCUCGUGCCUUUGGAGAUAAGGGACUUAAGACACACCUGAGUUCAGAACCUGACAUAAAAGAAGCCACUGUAGAUAGCCAGACAGAUGUUCUUCUCUUGGCCAGUGAUGGCAUUUGGAAGGUAAUGACAAAUGAAGAGGCAAUGGAGAUAGCUAGAAGAGUGAAAGAUCCACAGAAAGCAGCAAAGGAAUUAACAGCUGAAGCAUUGAGAAGAGAGAGUAAAGACGACAUAUCUUGUGUCGUAGUCCGAUUCAGAUGACAAACUCUGAAGGGGGAUGGAUCAUUUACGAGGAGACGGUUCCUAAUAUAAUAAACCAGCAUUUUCAAUCAAAGAUUCAUCAGGACAAAAAAGCUUGUUUUUCACAGGAUUCGACUCAGAUGAUUCUGGUCCGGUCGAUUUGUGAUAGCUGCUUCUUGCUAUAGCUUAUGCGCGUUCGUUGUGUAAAUUGUGUGUUUUUAAAGACGACAAGAAUAUGAACAAGAAAAAAAGGGAGAAAUGGAGUUGGUGGGUGGUGAUGGGGGAUUUGUGUUAUUAUAAUUGGUUGAUUUGUUAUAUUUAAUCAUCGAGAUAUAAAUAUUAGGAUGUUUUUAAAUUAUGUGAAAGUACUUUUGGAUUAGGUUUGCAUAUAUAUGUUUUAACCAAAGUAUUUGUCA